ACGUUUAUUAUAGGUGUUUACCUAUAGCAAACAAAAUAAUAUUGAUAACUUUUCACAUGAAAUUUUUGCCCAGCUCACCUCGUCAUAUAAAUCUUGACCGCUUCUGGGAUGUUUACAUCGCUGGCAGCAGCGACAGCGGAACGAGAAAGAAGAACAAAGAAAGAAGAGGCUGAGAUAAACAAAAGUCCAAACGCACGGAUCAUUUCGUGCCGUUAUGAGUCAGCAGCAGUAGCUCUUCUAAACAAUGGCGAAACCGUGCGUGAUAGCGUUUUGUGUCGUGAUUGCGCUCUCCUUCUCGUGGGAAGUCCUCGGCGAGCCGGAAUGCAUGGAACUACACCAGUUUCUCAAAGCGGUGGAGAAGCUGAUGGUAUCGCUACCGUACCAUACCUAUCCCGUCUUUAAUCUGUGCACCAGCCCGAAGGCAAUCGAGGACUAUCACAAUGCCACCGCGUUCUACCGGAACGUGACGCAGUCGCCCAUCUGCCAGCGGUACCUCGUGCAGAACCGGAUGAACGUGUACGAGACGAUCUACAACCAGCUGACCGGGCUGUGGAGCUCGGCGAACUGUGACGCCUGUGCCGGGGCGGUGAACGAAACCGCCGAGUUUAUGCGCCUGUCGACCGUGCUGGACCACUGCAUCGUUGUGCAUGCAGCCAGCCCGUGCGAGUUGUGCGCGGACGACUAUCAGCGCGUGCAGGACUUUUACGCCCGGCUGGACAAGGCGCAGCACGGCCCGGACCGGCUCUGCUUCGACAUCGCGGACCGGAUGAACCAGACGCGCCGGUCCUGGUCCGGCACGCACAACUGCUGCAACGACAAGCGCCGCUCGAUGGUGGCGUUCGCGUCGGUCGCAUCGGUCGCCUGCGCGCUGCCCUUGCUGUUCUACGCGGUCAUGCACGUGGUCACGGUGCGGCAGGAGGCGCGUCGGCUUAACCUGCUGACCGCAUCGAGCGGGGGAAGCGCUCGGUGCGAGGAACGAUCGCAGCCGUCCGGCUCGUCGGUCCAGCGGCCGGGCAACGGUGUGCUGCGCCAGCCGGAAAUGGAACGUAUCGCCGAGACGGACGCUGACGAGGAGGAGGAAGAAGAGGAAGAGCUGAAGACGCAGGCAAGUGACGGGUCAGGGAGCGGGACAGCAAAGGAGGACGCCACCAAAACCAACAAUCUCGACGUGAAGGUUAGCAACCUGAUCGACAUUGCGAGCCCGGAGGAGGAGCACACGAUGCCGCUACCACCGGCCCGGACGGAUGCAUCGGACGACGAAAGUCUGCUGCAGUGAGGUGGAUAAGGGCGCGUUAGGAAGUAGAAGUAGAGCGUUAGGAAGUAAGCCAUGUUACAGUUUUGCGUUUUUUUUGCGAUUUUGCUACAGAAUCAUUCGAAUCAUUCCCGGUCGGAUUGGGCGAAGUUCAGUUCGACUGGCCACAUCCAAAAACUUGUAGCUGUACAGAGCGAAAGAAACGUUGGAAAAAUAAACGAUUGAACUCUCGAGCGUA